GGGCGAUCUGUCGCAGGAGGCGAUCUGUCCCUUCCACUCCGCGCUAUCCCUGAAUAGGCAAAGAGGGGCAAUAUGCUAAGGUGGAGCUGGACGGGCUUCGUGGGUCCUCGCCCGUGCCUCACUUUUUCCUCUUUCUGGCGAAAGGCCGUGUGCUCCUAUUUAAAUCUUCCCAAUUUGUAAUAAGGCUUCCUACCUACCCGGUACUAACGCAGACACGAAAGACGCGACCUCCCUAAAACGAACUCCCCGACAGUGGACUGCGUCGCCCCUCCCGCCCCCUCGUGACACGGUGCAGACCCCGUGGGAGCGCGGCGAGCCUGGCGCGCGCCUUGGCGCACACAGGGUUAACAGGAGUUGGCUCCGAGCGGGGAGGCGGGGGUGCGCCCCCAUUGGUGGAAAGUUACCCGGAGGCGUGGCCUGCGAGUCUCUGCACCCCACCCCCAGUUCCGCACCCCCCCUCCACUUUGUACCUUUCUCGCGACGGCAGAGAAGCGGGCCGGGACCGGCCGGACCAGACCAGAGCGGACCCCGGGGGCGAUGCGGCUGCUGCCCCUGCUGCGGACUGUCCUCUGGGCCGCGCUCCUCAGCUCCCCGCUGCGAGGGGGCUCCGGCCUCCGCCACGCUGUCUACUGGAACUCCAGUAACCCCAGGCUGCUUGGAGGAGACGCCGUGGUGAAGCUGGAGCUCAACGAUUACCUAGACAUCUUCUGCCCGCACUAUGAGGGGCCAGGGCCCCCUGAUGGCCCCGAGACGUUCGCUUUAUACAUGGUGGAGCGGCCAGGCUAUGAGGCCUGCCAGGCCCAGGGGCCAGGAGCCUUCAAGCGCUGGGAGUGCGCCCUCCCCUUCGCUCCCUUUGGCCCGGUUCGAUUCUCUGAGAAGAUUCAGCGCUUCACACCCUUCUCCCUUGGCUUUGAGUUCUUGCCUGGAGAGACCUACUACUACAUCUCGGUACCAACUCCCGAGAGUUCUGGCAAGUGCUUGAGGCUCCAGGUGUCUGUCUGCUGCAAGGAGAGCAGAGCCAGAGCCCUCCCGAGACUCCCUGGAGGAGGGGCCCCUGCCUCUCGAGCUGGGAGCAGUCAAGCCAGCCAGACCAACGGAAGAGUGACGGGGAGGUCAGAGGGUCUGAGGUGACCCUUCCAGGGGCUGGCCCCUCAUCACAGGCCGAACCGGAGCUGCAUACAGCCCUGGGCACCCUGGAGCCCAGGCAAGGCAAAUGUAGGGUCUCCGUCAGCUGCUUUGACGUUCUCAUCCUGUCCCCCCCAGAAAGACUGGGAUUUGGUGGGAUUGAAUCCUUGAGUCUGUUGGGGCCAAGACCGAAGACCUGGGGACAGGUGGAUUGCCAGACCAGGGCAAGGGAGAAGGCCUGCCAUCUGUGCCCAGUACUCUGUGGGCCUCUUCCCUGGGGCAGCAUCUUCCCCUCCCCAGGGGGUCACUCACUUGUCUUCUAUGAAGACGGACUUGCUAUGAGGUUGAAUAUCAUGCCAGUUUGUAUUUUUAUAAGUGUCCGGACCAAACCGUCAAUAAACCACCCAACUUGCGGUUGCUCUCCCCCAUCUACCACCCUCUGGCCCCUUCCCUGACCCCGGGACGCCCCGCAGCCUCUGCUCUCAGCUUCACUUGGCCUGACCUCCAUGUCAGCUCCGCCCAGGCCAUGCCUUCCGGGCGGCCGUGGGCACCCCUCUGAGCGGUGUGCGGUGGGAGCCAGCGGCACCCUCUCCCACCUCCCUAGCAGGCUUCCUGA